UAAUUUCCAAGAGGAAGUCCAGCGUCCAGACAAACCCAGCCCUAACGAUGCUUCGUUUCCUGCUGCUGGCGGUGCAAGGAGGUCUGGAGCAGUGAGAAGGUUAAGGCUUGAAAGAAGACAAAAGCUGGCUCUACUGAAGAUGAGCGAGAUGAAGAUGUUUCUCCUGCUCUUGGUGUCCACUGCAAACGUUGGUGCCAUACUGGAAAAGGGUCUGCCGAGACGGGAGCCGCGGCGCCUCUCGUGUGUGCGAUGCUGUGGGCCAUCUGAGCAGCCUGUCUCCAUCAUCUCCUCCCGAUACACAAGGAUGAGCAGUGACCCUGCCUAUUCGGUACCCAAAGUCCAGCCCACUAUAGAUAUCACCAUCCUCAAAGGUGAGAAGGGCGAAAUGGGAGAGAGAGGGUACCCCGGAGCAGUUGGGAAGGAAGGAGAAAGGGGGCUACGUGGCUUUAAUGGACGGAAGGGACAGAAAGGCCAGCCUGGCCCGCAAGGCCAUUCCUGCAAGCAGCUCUACGCUGCUUUCUCAGUGGGUCGGAGAAAACCCCUUCAUAGCUCAGACUACUUCCAGCACGUCACUUUUGACACCGAGUUUGUGAACCUCUACAAACACUUCAACAUGUUCUCGGGGAAGUUCUUCUGCUAUGUGGCAGGAGUCUACUACUUCAGCCUCAACGUCCACACCUGGAACUUCAAGGAGACCUACCUGCACUUGAUGAAGAAUGAGAAAGAGGUGGCCAUCCUCUACACCCAGCCCAGUGAUCGGAGCAUCAUGCAGAGCCAGAGCCUGAUGCUGGACCUGCAGGAAGGAGAGGAGGUCUGGGUGAGGAUGUUCAAGCGGGAGCGAGAAAAUGCCAUCUAUAGUGAGGAGUCAGAUGUUUACAUCAUCUUCAACGGCCAUUUAAUCAAGCCAGCCGUAGAGUAG